CUUCAACUGUCAUUGGUGGUUCACUUCAUCUUCUUCCCUCUUUACCCAGCUACCCCACACACACACACACACACACACACACACACACACACAUCCCAUAUUCAAUUUCACUACCUUCUUCUUCUUCUUCUUCUUUUUCUUCUUCUUUCACUUGCUGUGAAUCAUCAGCUAUGACCAAAGUUUCAGAACCCAGAAACUUGAAAAAGUUGUAGACAUGUUUGACAUCUUGUUUGGAUGGAGAAAAGCCUCCAAAUGUAAGAAGCUGGUGAGGGGGGUACAGUGCCGUCUCAAACUGCUGAAGAACAAGAGAUGUUCAAUUGUUAGGCAGUUACGCGACGAUGUGGCUCAGCUUCUCAAAUAUGGCCAUGAUCAAAGUGCUUUUGAUCGGGUUGAACAGCUCUUUAAGGACGAAAGCAUAGUAGCAGUGUAUGAUCUCCUGGAUCAUUUCUGUGAAUUCAUCCUCAUUCACCUUUCAUAUAUUCGUAAACACAAGGACUGUCCUAAUGAUAUCAAUGAAGCAGCGUCAACUCUAAUAUUUGCAUCUGCAAGAUGUGGAGAUCUACCCGAGCUUCGUGUGAUACGCAAGCUCUUUGGAGAGCGUUAUGGCCAGAGGUUUGCACUGGUCGCUCUCGAAUUACUUCCAGGAAAUCUUGUUAACCGUCAGAUAAAAGAAAAUCUCUCCAUACAAUCAGUACCGAAUGAUGUGAAGUACCGAUUGUUGGAUGAAAUAGCCAGGAGUUGCCUUCAACCUGGGCCUUUGGCACUCGAGUACUAUUCUGAGCUACAACAAGAGCAGGUAAACAAAAAUAAGGGAGAUCAAGACCCGAGAAGUGAUGUUCAAACUAGUUGUAAUGGAGACGAAGGAUCUCAAGUGCAAGCUUUAAGUAUCGUGGAGGCAGAAAGGAAGAUUGUGCUUGUAGAUUUGAUAGAGCCAUAUGAAUUGCACCGAGGCACUGGUUGUACCGGUGCUGUUGGGACUCACACCGUCCCUUUAGACCACAAGGAAGUGGAUAUGGCUUUAGAAUUUUCUUCAGAAAGUUCAUCUCAAUUGCCUACAGAAAUGAUAUAUCUAGAUGACAUAGAGGAGUUCAAGUCUCCCAGGAACAAAGACGAAAACUCGCAGGAUCAAAGACUGUUUUUGUUCAAGUCAUCAGUAAUUCUCACAACUGACAAGCUUGAAGAAGAUGGUUUUAGUGAAAGUUUCAAGAAAAAAAAUGAAUCAUGGAAUGAAAAGACAGGGUCAAGAAAGAGCAGGAACGAAUCUGGAAAGAGACACAGAAGAAAAUCAAUUUCUCAGGAGAGUUUUACUGUGAAAGAUGUCGAAUCCACAAUUUACUAUGGAGACUUGUGUGCUAUUUCACCAAAUGACAACCAUAAAUCUCAUCACCGGAGAAAGUAUCAGAAGAAGAUUCCAUUGGAUGAAAAGCAAAAAUCAUGUUGUACACAAGCAAGACUAUGCAGCUUGGAAAAACCAUGUUAUUUCUGCAUUAGUGAUGAAAAAGACGAUUGGGAAAAUCAAAAGUGCAAAAUCACAACUUUGCAGGGGCUUCCAGCACAUAAUCUGAAGGAAGCAAAAAUCGAACACUGUGUCUGCAAUUGUCAAUUUUUUCGCAUUGGAGACAGAAAAAUGGAAUCGGAGGUUCUACAUCAGAAACUAAGAGGAAACUAUCAAAUUGCUGCUGAUUCUCAAUACUCUUGCUCAAGAGUGAGCAGUCCUCGGACAAUAAAAAAUACCCAUCCCCCUUAUUUGAGGGCCGUGACAAUGCCCCUUGAAAGGCCAAGUGAUUGUCACACUGAAAACAUUUUACGAUCAAAUUCAUUCCCAUUUCAACAGCCUAGUCAUUCGAGCAAUGGAUCACCUACUUGUCGUCAUGUUCAUCCAAAGCUGCCAGACUAUGAUCAGUUAUCAGCAACAUUCAUGGCUCUCAAGAAAGCAAAUCAGCAACAUAAGACCAACCAGUUAGUUUAGUACUAUGUAUUAAUUUGUGUUCUGUUUUCCUUGUCCUGUUUGUAGAGCUUUCCAUUGAACUUUGAUCAUCUGUUUUUGUAGUUGGAUUCAGGUUGUUUUUAGUUCUCUUAUGUAAUGCUAUGUAGCUCCUUGUUUUUCU